AUUUCCUCUGGCAAUGCGUAUAGUUGUCAAAAUUCUUUUCGUACAAAUCACCCAAACGAAUUCGGGUCAUGGAAGGUGACAGCUUGGCCCAAUAUUCACCUUUUAGUGGGCCGAUCAGUAAUUUCACUUCGCAGGAGUUACGUGUAAAACACGCGCGGUAUAUGUUUGUUUGAGAAAAGUGCAAAAGAAAUCCUCGAUCUCUUUCUUAUUAUUCCAAAAACUUGAAAAAGCAAAAGAGUGAAAGCCGAUCCAACAUUCGCAAUUUCUAGGGUUUCUAAUUUUUUUUGUAAAUCUCAGAGAGAAAGAUGAAGCUCACUGUAAAAACUCUCAAAGGCAGUCACUUUGAUAUUAGGGUUCAGCCUUCUGAUACGGUUAUGGCAGUCAAGAAAAACAUUGAAGAUGUACAAGGAAAAGAUAAUUACCCGUGUGGGCAGCAACUGCUGAUUCACAAUGGUAAAGUGCUGAAGGAUGAAAGUACACUAUUGGAAAACAGUGUCUCCGAGGAUGGUUUUCUCGUUGUCAUGCUCAGCAAGAGCAAAACUGCUAGCUCAAGUGGGACAACAGCUGCUCAGCCAGCUGCUGCAGCAGCAAAUCCCACUACUGCACCUGAAGUGAUUCUGCCAUCACAGGCCUCAAAAGAUGUGGUGUCAGCUUCGGAUGCUGCGACUGCAAGUCUUCCGACUGAUGAUUACAGUCAAGCUGCAUCAAAUCUAGUUGCUGGCAAUAAUCUCGAGCAAACAAUACAACAAAUUAUGGAUAUGGGCGGGGGCAGCUGGGACAAAGAGACAGUUACACGUGCACUUCGAGCUGCUUAUAACAAUCCUGAAAGAGCUGUUGAUUACUUAUAUUCAGGAAUUCCUGAAACAGCAGAAGUUGCUGUACCGGUGGCCCGCGGUGGAGUUAAUCCUGCUGCUGGGACUACCGCAGCGCCUACUGCUCCUUCUUCUGGCGCUCCUAAUUCUGCUCCUUUAAAUUUGUUUCCUCAGGAGAACGUUGCUGGUGCUGGCGGUGCUGGUCUUGGAUCCCUUGAUUUUCUCAGGAAUAACCAACAGUUCCAAGCUUUACGUUCUAUGGUUCAAGCUAACCCACAAAUUUUACAGCCUAUGCUUCAGGAACUAGGAAAGCAAAAUCCUCAGCUUUUAAGAUCUAUACAGGAGCACGAUCAAGAGUUUCUUCAAUUAAUCAAUGAACCUAUGGAUGGUUCUGAUGGGGACAUGUUUGAUCAGGCUGAGCAAGAGAUUCCCCACACAGUUAGUGUCACUCCAGAAGAGCAGGAGGUGAUUGAGCGGCUGGAAGCAAUGGGUUUUGACAGAACUCUCGUCAUUGAAGCUUUUUUGGCUUGUGAUCGCAAUGAGGAACUGGCUGCAAAUUAUCUGUUGGAGCAUGCAGGAGAUUACGAAGAUUAACUGGCGAAAUCCCUUUAGCAGUAUUCUUCGGUACACAUCGACAGAUUUUGAGCUGUUUUUAGUACUCGAGAUGGUUUUACUUGAAAUUAUUGGAUCCAAUUGAUCUUCCCAAUUGGGAAGCUUAAUUUGUUAGCUUUUCUUUUCAAAAUAUCCCCCGCUUGUAGGAUCAACAUGUCAUGUUUUCUAGACACGACGUUCUUGGAGAAAAUUAUAUAGUAUUAGAUUUUAGGA